UGUUUUCUACUAUUUUUUGACCUUUGCAUGUCGCAAAAAGUUAACACAUCUUCGACGUUGGUUAUUCGGUCUACACUCCUGCCAAUCUUUGUAGCUUACCGGUUGCGCAGUAUUGACCAAGUGAUGUCGUUUUGUCAUUUCGGGGAAUAGUCAAAAAACAGCCUAGAAUAUGUUUGAAAUUGUGGUUAUUAUUAUAGAGACUAGCCGUUAGCCCGUGGACAUCCUCGUUCCCAAGAUUUUUUGCCUGACGUCAAAUCCGCUAGCGCUUACUUAACUUGACGAAGCCUUCGCCAUUUAAUUUCAAAAAGGCAAGAACCCCCGGGGACGAGGUUGAGACUGUGGACACUCCAAGGAUGCGCUCGUCGUACAUAUUCUGGGUAUAAGAUUUACGCCUGACUUCCACAUUUCCACAUAUCUAUUUCUUGCAAACUUGCUUGAUGUUAGCAUAACCCAAAAUCUAAUAAAAUAACCACUAUAAAGACAUACAAAUAACUAUGUUUUUAAAUAAAUAUCCAUUUAAUGACCUCCUGGUUUCUAAUUAAACUGUGACAAAACAAGAAGAUAAAAGCAGAGCGCAGACUUUUUUAACUCACGGAGGGUUUAUGUCAAUAGAGUCAUUAAAAAGAACAAUGCGUAAUUAUUUAUUUUUUCUUUUUUUUUAAUGGGUUUCAAAAGUAAGUGAUUGCUUCCUAUUAUUUUCCAUGUUUUUAAUAUACUUAGAAUGUCUUACCUAAUCUCAAAUGAAAUCAAGAUGAACAAAAUUCGAUUUUACACGAAGAUUCUCUUCAUUCUCGUUGUUUUUUUAAUUUACCAAAAGCUCAAUUUUUUUAGUCACCAGAAAUUCGAGGAUGUUAAAUUACAGUUAUUAUAUCAAAGCAAUUUAUAUAUCGAACAAAAACCCGCGAAAAUCAUACUCGUGUGGAAUGAUUUAUAUGGACAAGAAAAUUGGGGGUUCAGUCGGACACCGUACAAAGAUUUCAGGGACAUGAAUUGUUAUCAAACAAAUUGCUUAGUAACCGAUGAUAAAAGUAAAAUCACAGAAGCUGAUGCCCUCAUGUUUCUUGGAGAUCAUCUAGGGAUGACCAUAUAUCCCAACGUGACGAGACCUAAAAAUCAACGUUGGGUAUUUGUAGAAGGGGAAGCUCCUUGUGGUGCUUGGAUGAAUCAUUUUCAGAAAUGGGAAAGCGCUUUUAAUUGGACUCAAACUUACAAAUUAGAUUCUGAUAUACCGAUGUUAUAUGGGGAUUACUGCAGAAGAAAACAACCAAAGCCGCUAGAUGUGGAUAGCAUCGUUAAACCUAAACGAAAAUUAGCUACAUGGUUUGUUUCGAACUGUUAUUAUACAAGCGAGAGGCGAUUUUACAUCAAAGAGUUAAUGAAAUACAUGCCCAUAGAUGUCUAUGGAGGUUGUAGUUUUAUGUUUAACCAAAGUAAUAUAUGUCACAAGAAUGAAACCGAAAGGUGUUUAAAAUUAAUUGAGAAAAAUUACAAGUUUUACUUCAGUUUUGAAAACAGCCUUGAAAAAGAUUACAUAACAGAGAAAUAUUUUAAAGUAUUACAGAUGAAUGUGGUCCCUGUGGUGAGAGGGGAUGGAAAUUAUUCAGCUGUGGGGCCGCCAUAUUCUUUUAUCAAUACAAAUGAUUUUAAAACUCCAAAAGACUUAGCUGAUUAUUUGAAAUAUUUAGAUAAAAAUGAUAACGAAUAUGUAAAAUAUCUGAGAUGGAAAGGAACUUAUAAAAUAGACCGUCUUGACAAAUCAUGCUGGAAAGUUGAGCCAUCAUGGUGCAAGUUAUGUAGAAAGGUAAACAACCCAUACGAAGUAGUCUCUCAUUACAAAAACAUAACAAAAUGGUUUGGGACGUGUAGAAAAGCAACAGAUAUAAAUCGCAACUUUUAUAAAAAAGAAGUCAAAAAUACAGAAGAAAAAAGAGAAGAAGAUACAAAAAAAAUUAGAUAAAAAGAAAGUAGCUACAACUAACCUUAUCCAAAAAAAAUUCGAGAAUAAAAAACUUUAAGCUUUAGGCGCAACACUGUCUUUGUACUGCACUGUAUUCAUUUAUUUAUUUAUUUAUUUAUUUAUUUAUUUAUUUAUUUAUUUAUUUAUUUAUUUAUUUAUUUAUUUAUUUAUUUAUUUAUUUAUUUAUUUAUUUAUUUAUUUAUUUAUUUAUUUAUUUAUUUAUUCAUUCAUUUAUUUAUUUAUUUAUUUAUUCAUUCAUUCAUUCAUUCAUUCAUUUAUUCUUUUGUCUUUAGUUUUAUUUAUAAGCAAAAGUGUAAAAAUUUUAAAGGAGGUAUUGAAACAAAAAACGCAAUUUAUUACUGCCUACUAACUUUGAUAGCACAAUAAAAUGGCGACACAAUGACGAAUGAAAUGACGUGGGAGUAUGUGUAAGAGAUGAAACCAGUUGCUUUUUGCCAAUAAAGCUUACAAUAAGACUUAUGGAACUAUGUCUAAAUCUUAACAUCCAUGUGUCUUUCUUGAAAUUAAAAACUUUGCGUAAUUUCAUUUUCGAUUUGUUCGAUGAUAGUGAAUUUCGCGUACCUGUUAAAUUGUGUCCGUGCUCUUAGAAAACCACAAGGGAGCUUUCUAAACACAAAACAUCGUUUCUGUAAGAGUUUAUCCUGUGGUUCAUUGUCCACCCGCACGUACCCAUACUUAGAAAACAUUCCAUUAGAUGUAUUACUUAGGUACUUUUGCAGAUUGAAUCGUGGAAUAUUUGGAUUUUUUGUUUUGCCCGUUUAUUCAGUGCAGUUGUCGUCUCUGUGCCACACAUAUUUGUAACGUUGGAUAUACGAAUUAGCUUCUUCUUCUUAUAUUUAAUCUUCUUUUUUUUACUUUAUUUUGGGCAGUCGAUUUUAAUUAGCCCAAGGCUAACAUAUUUAAUUUUUUUUUAAAAGUUUUAAAAAAAAGGCUAACAUAUUUCAGCCAUUUUUUUUAAAAAAAGUUUCUAGCCUAUGUUAUUGUAUAUCGACUUUAAAGAAAAAAUAAAUAAAAUAAUUUAUGACGCUGUGCUUGUGAUGUCACUUUCUAACGUUUUCGUGUUCUUCAUUUGUUUGCAGUUAUUUCUGAACAGGGUGUGGAAAUUUCACUGCUAGUUUUUUCUUAUUGUUCCAAAUUAUAUUUCCGCUAAUAAUUGAGGGAUAUCUUUGAGGUUUUUGUUUUUCUUGUAUGUGGGAUAGGGUGGAUUAUCAAAAACAUAGGUAAGUUUGCGAUCAAUAUGCAAGAUAUCCCUUUAUUUCUUAUAAUUUGGUGCUAAAGUGCAGUUGUAAGUAACCAAAAAGUGUAUGCGAUUUGAUUUACGCUUGUUUUUGUCUCUGACUAGAGAUUCACGUGGUGCAAUAAUUGCUCUUGUUGUUAAAUGUCCAACUUGUUUUUCUGCAUAUUCCCAUUUGACGAAAGUUUCAGUAAGGUUAUUGCAGCUCUCUCU